AUGCAUCCUGAAAGUUCAAAUGCUGCUCCAAGCAGUAAGCCAAAUGUCUCUCGAAGUCAAAUAGAUGAUGAAAAUAAUAAUUCCUCUACAUCUAUAACAUCUAAGGAAGUUACAUCACAGAGUCUUGAUAUUUGCAAUAAUAUCAUUGUAGAGAAUGAUAGCAAAUUACACAUACAUGAAAUUGAGAAACCUAUAUCUAAUAUAUCACGAUCUAUCUCUAUAAAAACUGUUAGUAGACUUAUAAAUCAGCCAAGUACCAAUCAGCCCUUUUUCAUUUAUUCAAAUUUACCCUCUCCAACAUCAUUUAAUAUACCUACAACUAGUCGACCUCAAACAUUGUUCUUACAAGCAUUAGCUAAGUUAAACGAAAGCUCACUUAGCUUGGCUAUGGCUAAGAAUGAAUUAAAUACACCUCUAUGUUUGAGCCUACAAAGUAUGCGAGAAAUACCUAAUAUUACUGUUAGAUCACCAGAAUUAACGCCACCAGAUUCAUUAACGAGUGCACCACCAUCUUAUUCGUUUGUAUUAAGACAGAUGGGAGCAAGAAGACCUAGGCUAAUGGGAACGUUUAUUCCUUCUCCAUCGUUUGUACAGCAUACACCGCCUCCAAAUUAUGCAACUGCAUUUGAUAUUUAUGUAGACAAUGCUAUACCCCCACCUCCACCAAGAGUGCAUAACUUUGGACUUACACCUACGCCUAUAAUAUGUCCUGAAUGUGGUUUUACAGGAAUGACUGUCGUUGCAAGCAAAAUAACACUGAGCACGCAUUUAUGUGCGAUAAUUUUAUGUUUACUAUGUUGUUGGGUUUGUGCCCCUUUACCUUAUGUAUUAAGGUCAUGCAAGGAUGUAUACCAUUAUUGUAGAAAUUGCAGAAGUUUCCUGGGGAUGUACUGUCCUACUAACCCCGAAAAUACGUAUAACACA